AUGUCGGCUCUGGAGGAGGUGAGGCAGAAAUGUAACCUGCUCGCCACGUCCACCAAGGUCAAAGAGCGCAAGGGAAACUUGGCCGAGCUGCUGGCACUACUCAGUCUCGACAAAGUGUGCCAGCAGGUGGACCAAAGCAGCGUCGCCGCACUACUCAAGCCCUCGGAGGCCCGAAAGAAAGGGCAUACGACCACAUGGGACGAUGUGGUGCGUGCCGUGGUGGCCAUGGUGGAGAGCGAAGUGGAGCACAUCCAGUCAUCCAAGCGCAAGGCCGCCAAGCCGCCGGCGUUGAGGAAGGACGUGCUUGAUGCUCUCAAGAAUGCGCUCAAGAUCGCUGAGCAACGCGGCCCACGGCUGUUCCUCUCGAUCAAGGACCUCACGCAGCACUUCGUACGCAUGCUGUGCCAGAGCGACGCCCAACAGCAGCCCUUCCUGAAGGAGUACAGCGAUCUCCUAUGCGACUACAUUCUACCCGUCCCCAGCUACUGCCAGCUUGCGAGCUCGAGCUUCUUCGAAGAACUGCUGGCGCUGUAUGGCGAGUACCUGCUGUCUACUCCCUCAUCCGCCAUCGAACAUCAAAUCUACGCUCGCACCUACCAUUGCCUCCUGACUCAUUACCCGAUGGAGUUGGCGCCCUUCUUCACCAAGUUCUACGCCUUCUUCAAGAAAUACUUCUCCGAGCACAUGGAGGACAACAAGCCAUCAGCUACGCUGUUGUCUGCCCUCAAUUAUCUGCUGCAGACCUGCGCGAUGGACGAGGGGUCGCGUGCGCGUCAGCUCGGAACAGAGCUGCAUGCCACCUUCCUGAAACGGUGGGACACCCGGCAGCAGCUGCUCAAGGAACAGAUCGUAUACUUCUUCCGGCUUCAGCUCCUGCUCCACACCUCCUUCACCGGCAAGAUCCUGUCUACCGCCAAUCCUGCUGUAGAGGCCAGACUGCAUUAUGGCAUCGAUUACCUGGAUACCCUGUUUGACCUGGUGACGAAAGAGCUCGAGAGGAGUGCAGGCCAGGCCUACCAGCUUCUCUCCAGUCUCGCUUCAACGAAGAAGACCCUCUGUUCCUGGAAGAUCGGUGGCGAUCCUUUCUAG